UGUAAUAUGUCCAAGGAUUUGGGAAAGAUCAUCCAUGUCACUUCCAAGGCUGCAUCCUGUGCAGUGGAUCACGUUCAUGACGGUAGUAGAGGCGGAGUGUAGGGUCAAAGUUUUUCCACAGAAUUUGGAUUAUUGCUCCUAAAAACUGCGAACAAAUGCUGCGUUAGCCGUUAGCAACAUUGUUUCAGCAACAAAACAGAAAAAUGUCCCGUUUUCUGAGGCAUUUCACAGCGGUGGGUGAUGAGCAAAACACCGCCACACAGUGGCACGACGAGGAACCGCACGAUUUCAGUGAAGACCUGGAGCUGGCCAAAGGACAGCACCUGGGACAGGUCAGCUUCAGGGACUCCCUACGCCGCCUCUACAGUACAGAGAGGUUCCAGAUUGUUGUUGUUUGCUUGGUCGUCUUGGAUGCCAUUUUCGUUCUGUGCGAGUUGCUUAUUGACUUGUCUAUCAUUCAAGCAGAUCAUCACAGAAUCGCUCCGCAGGUAUUCCACUAUCUCAGCCUCGCCCUUCUCACAUUCUUCAUGGUGGAACUGUCUGGAAAAAUCUAUGCAUAUCGUUUAGAAUUCCUCCACCAUAAGUUUGAGGUGUUUGAUGGGAUUGUGGUGGUGGUAUCCUUCAUCCUGGAUAUUGUAUAUAUCUCAAAGGAAGAUGCAUUUGAUGCCAUGGGGCUUCUGAUCUUGCUCAGGUUGUGGAGAGUGGCCAGGAUCAUAAAUGGUAUCAUUAUGUCUGUGAAAAAUCGUGCCCAUCACAAAGUUAAGAAAAUAAAGGAGAUCAAUGAAAACCUUGUUCAUCAAGUCAAUGAACUUAAAGAGCGGAACACAAAAAUGGAUCAAGAAAAUGCAAGGCUUCGUGCAAUCUUAAAACAGCACUGCAUUGAAUUUUGAUGCUCCAAGGCUAUUCAUUAAACACAUCACAGCAUGAGACUGAGCUUAAGACUAAUCAUGUCUAAUCAUUCCAUAUGAAAUGUGAAGAAGGUCAUGUUACAUUGUGUUUAUUGUCACUCUAAGCCAAACUCAAUCUCCAUCCCCUGGCAGAUCUUUAACAGCACACAUAAAGGGAGAUGCUUUUUAAAGCCAGUGACUCAUAUAGGUCAAAUUACAAAAAGGAAAUCUAUAAACUACACAAGUUAUAUAUACUGGAAUAUUAAACUUGCCUCAAUAGAUUGUAAGAUGAUUGAUUUUUAUUCUGAAUCACUAUUUUCCAAAAUCAUUAUCAGUAUUGUUGUUUUAUCUAUGAAGUGUACAUUUAAUGUUUUCUCAUUAUAAAUGUUAAUGUGUUUGAGCAACUGAAAGCUAAGAAAUAAAUAUUAUUUUAUAAAUGAGAUAUGAAAUAUUAAUAGACCAACAUAUCUGCCUGGCUGAUGAAUUGGCUUAUUAAGAGUAGUGGCAUUUCGCUUAUGUAACAGUUCCAAAAUGAACAACAGAUUUUACAAUGGAUAGCGCACAUUUUCUGUUCUUAAAUGUUUUAGUGAGUUUUGAGUAAAUAUUAUAAAAAAUUGUUCAUUCCUCAUUUUGUGCAUGUCUUUGUACUGAAAUUGAAUUACACUAUAUACAUACAUAUAUACAUAUACUGUAUAUACCA